ACGCCCUGGUGACCAAUGAGGGAGGCAAAUGAAGCUGCUGCUUCACAGAAGAUCAUUCAAAAGUGGCACACUACAGGAGAGUAAAUUAAGAGCGAUGAGUGACAUGAAUGUGUUUCACUGAGGAAAUGAGGAGUCUGCAUUUUUGAGCUCCUGGACGAAUAAUUAGAGAGCACAUCAUCUCCUACUAGUUGUUUGCCGCUUGGCCGCUCCUCUCGUCUCCGGGCCAGAAUGAAUGACAUUCAGGAGGCCACCUCCCCCGCCACCAGUCUCGGUGGUCCGGCGACCUGCGUCUCCAAAGUAGAGCUGCGGGUGUCUUGUAAAGCUCUACUAGACCGAGACACUCUGAAUAAAUCAGACCCUUGCGUGAUUCUCAUGGUACAGACCAACGGACAGUGGACAGAGUUGGACAGGACAGAAGUGAUCAAGAGCAACUUGCACCCUGUUUUCGCCAAGGUUUUCUCCUUGGAUUACUACUUUGAAGAGGUUCAGAAGCUGCGAUUCGAAGUGUACGACAUCCACGGCACUCACAGCAUCGGCACGCGUGACGAUGACUUCUUGGGCGGUGUGGAGUGCACACUCGGUCAGAUUGUGGCCCAAAAGAAAAUGGUGAAGCCUCUACUUCUCAAGUAUGGAAAAUAUGCUGGCAAAUCCACCAUCACGGUGCAUGCGGAGGAAAUUUCCGGCAACAAUGGCUAUGUGGAGCUGUCCUUCUGUGCCAAGAAGCUUGAUGAUAAGGACCUUUUCAGCAAGUCUGACCCUUUUUUGGAAAUAUAUCGUAUCAACGAUGAUGAAACGGAGCAGCUUGUUCACAGAACUGAGGUUAUAAAGAACAACCUGAAUCCUGUUUGGGAGCCUUUCAAAGUGUCUCUCAUAUCCCUGUGCAGUUGUGAUGAGGAGAGGAAGCUUAAGUGCCUCGUGUGGGACUAUGACUCCAGGGGGAAGCACGACUUCAUUGGAGAGUUUUAUGCUACUUUCAGAGAAAUGCAGAAAAUCUCCAGUGGAAAUAAGGUGACAUGGGAUUGCGUGAACCCUAAGUACAAACAGAAGAAAAGGAACUAUAAAAACUCAGGCGUUGUCAUCUUAAAUGAUGUCAAGCUCCACAGAGUUUACUCCUUCUUGGAUUACAUCAUGGGUGGAUGCCAAAUUCACUUUACGGUGGCCAUUGACUUCACAGCUUCCAACGGAGACCCCAGGAACAGCUGCUCUUUGCACUACAUCAACCCCUACCAGCCGAACGAGUACCUGAAGGCUCUGAUAGCCGUGGGCGAGAUCUGCCAGGACUACGACAGCGACAAAAGAUUUUCAGCCUUGGGGUUUGGUGCCAGAAUCCCUCCAAAUUACGAGGUGUCUCACGAUUUUGCCAUCAAUUUCAAUCCCGAAGAUGAUGAAUGUGAAGAGAUCCAAGGAGUGGUUGAGGCAUACCAGAACUGCCUCCCUAAAAUCCAGCUGUACGGCCCCACCAAUGUUUCUCCCAUCAUUAACCGGAUAGCCAAGCUGUCAGCUGGCGAUGGCAACAUUAAAGACGCCUCUCGCUACCACAUCCUGCUCAUCCUCACUGAUGGCGUGGUGACAGAUAUGGCGGACACACGCGAAGCCAUCGUACGGGCCUCCUACCAGCCUCUCUCCAUUAUAAUUGUUGGGGUGGGCAACGCAGACUUUACAGACAUGCAGAUUUUGGAUGGAGAUGACGGUGUCCUGCGCUCACCAAAGGGCGAGCCGGUCCUUCGGGACAUCGUGCAAUUUGUGCCCUUCCGGGACUUCAAGACGGCUUCACCAGCAGCAUUGGCCAAAUGUGUCCUGGCAGAGGUGCCCAAGCAAGUUGUGGAGUACUACAGCCAUAAGGCCAUCCCACCUAUGUCUCCAGUGAGGGACUUGCCCACACCCAUCCUCAGCCCUGUUGCCACCAGUCCGACAGAGUAACUCCACCAAACAAGUCUUGAACUGUGAGAGCAGCAACUGUCCCUCAAAGUGAGAUGGUGAGGGAAUGCUCGCCUCCUGGGAUAAAAUGAGAAAAAGUCCUCUUGUUAAUCAUUGAUUCCACUCUUACAAAAGAUUUGAUCGACUUUUCACCUGGGACCGUGAGAUAUGUGUUUGUGCCCGGUGUGGAUUCAGCACAUCUCUCUGGCUUUGCGAUGGAACCAUCCCAGCUGAACCGGCAUCUGAAGGAUUAUAUUUCUUCGCCGUGGCUUUGUGCAUGCCAGCCAAUCUGUCAGCCAUUAAUCUCAGACGGAGGACUGAUAUUCUUUGCCGGCUCUGAAUUACUUCCUCUUAUUUUUUUGUAUCAUUUAUUUUCAUUUCUUCUAGUGUCAUCGCUUAAAAAGAUAUUUCCAAGAGUAUAACACAAACAAUCAGGCUGCGAUACAUUCAUCACAGGUCGCCUUCAAUGAAAGCCGAUACAUUUUCCAUUGUGGGCUUGCAACACUGACCAUAAGUCAUCGUGUGCACUCCAAAGUGUUUGGCUACAUUUCAGGGCACAAUUUAUUGAUCAAACCUUCAUGAGGAUGACACAUGUUUAAAUUUCCCACUCAGUGUGGGUCUCAAAGGUCAAGCUCACACAGACAGUUGGUGGAUAAUCAUACCCUUAAUGUUUCUUCAUGGAUUAUACAUCAUGGAACAUUGAAAGUGUUUGUCCUCUGGAAUAUAUGAAAAAUG